UCGAUGGCUGCUUUUGGGGUCUGAGGAAAGACAUAUCUGCUGACAUUUAUCCACUCCACCGAGAUCUGUUCUCGGUGUGGAUGGCUUUUUAAUCCAUAAUGAAGAGUUGAAGGAAGAAAUCAUUACUCUAUGUUCCGCUUUCUCUUCUACCUCCAAUCAUCAGGGUUCUGGAAUCGGGACAUUCUCCCUUUGAACCGGUCCCAUGGGCAGUUUGUGGUAAGAGCGAACAGCGAUCGCCUGGACAAGGAAAUAUGGAAAGGGGAGACUUCGGAAGGGAACGAAGGUGUUAAUCGAAUCGAGAAAUAAAGUGAGAGAAAGGGAAGUCUACGACAGCGUUAUGGCGUAGUGUACUUUGUAGUUGACUGCUGUUCGAAGGAGUCAAGUUGGAAGCCUCGGCCACAACAGUAGGGCCUCCAGAAGGGAACCUUGUUCACGAAGCAUCUGCAUCGAGCGGCGAUGUCACAUUCUAAUAAUGACAUGUUGCAGAGAGCUUGUUGAAGAAGCUUGACACUUUGACGUUUUUUGUUUUCUGUCCCAGGAAAUAUUCACUCGACUGUCGCUCCAAGGCAGAUGAGUUUCUGUAAUGACGGCUUCUUUCAAGUAACGAAUCUCCAGUGAGAAGGUGAUGCGGUCGAAGUCCUCCGCCGAGUUGUUAUUGAAUUCAGCAGCUUCGAACGUUCGCGGAGACGUAUUUAGAUGGGAGAGGUAGAAAUCCCGAGGACUCCUUAAUUCUGCCGACAAGAAGUUCGUGUUCGGAAAGGUCGAGCUGGUGCGGAGGUACUACGCCUGCUGCUGGAGUGCACUGGGGUGUCAGGGGAUUGUUACAUUGCCAGUCGUUUUGUUUCUUACUCCUCUGUACUUUGCCUGAUCAUGGAUGAUCGAAGCUAGGAAGCCUCGCGAAUCGUGAUAUAUCAGAAGAACACUGGACUUUUAAUAUAUCUGUCCUGUGCUCCGAGUGGGACAAUGGGAAUCUUUCUGUCGACCCUUGAACUUCCCUGGGACCAGGGAGUGUGACGAUACAGAAUGACUUCUGCGGUAGCGCUGGGAAAGUCGCGAAGGCACGAGAAAAUAUAAUAUCUCAAGGAGAUGUAUUGGCACAGGUCUCGUACAAAUUAGAAACCUGAGAUCAGCUUGGACGCCGGAAGUGGUCCUGAAGGUUUGAAUCCUGCUCGGAAAUUGUGUGAAUUGGGCGUGCAAAGACGGCAGCGGUGAUCUUUCAGGGUGACAGUGGAGGAGGGUACAUUGUUUUUCUCUCAAAAGUGCAUCCGGUUGUUGUUGGCCAUACUUCUCUCCAGACGAAAACUCGGAUUCCUGCACUGACGAGUCGAAAAGAGGUAGUUUUCCCUUGAGUGGUUCCAGUAAGAUGUCGAAUCCGGGUCCGAGCUCGAAGGGUCCUCCGAAAGACCAACUCGAACGAGGAAGUGAGCCUCCUGUGAAGAGACCCAGAGCUGUGGCUCUGGACUUCCAACUCAUGAGACGACCUGGGUAUGGAACGAAGGGGAGAGAAGUGGCGCUUGUUUGUAACCACUUCAAUGUGAGGUUUGAACCUCGAAUGACUGUCAACCACUACAGUGUCUCCAUCAGUACUCCUGAAGAAAGACUUCUCAGGAGCAAUGUGAAGCGGAGGGUCUUGGAGAGUCUUCGUGACACCUACGGGUUGAGGAAUUUUGCAUUUGCUUACGAUGGCGAAUCAGCUCUGUUUGUCGCGGGAGACUUGAGCUUCAAAUCGAAAGAAUUUCGAGUGACCUUGACGAAUCGUAGAGAUGUUGAAGGGCAGAGGGCGAGAUCCAGCGAAGACGAAGCCAGGCGGAGAGCUGGCAACGAGUUCGUGGUCAAGAUUGAGUUCGCCGCAGUGGUUGAUAUGAACGCCAUAGCUGCAGUAAAUCGUGGAGAGCGUGACAGCAGAGCACAAGACGCUCUCAGGGUUCUGGACAUCAUGCUCCGGGAGCAUGCUACGAAGAAAGCUUACAUUCUCCAGCGUGAUUGCUAUUUUAGUCCAAUUUUCGGGCCAGGAGCGGAUCUGCAAGACGGCGUGGAGGCGUGGAAGGGUUACCACGCGAGUUUCAGAACUACUCAGAGUGGCCUCUCACUCAACUUCGACACAGCAACGACAAUAGUGAUCAAAGAGACCCAAGUGCAACCUUUCAUGGAGGAGUACUGCAAGAAAAGUAUCAGACAAUUCCGGGAUGAAGAUUUUACGAAAUGUAAGAGGAUUCUGAAGGGUAUCUCGGUGAUGACUUACUUGAACCAGAGUCACAAGAUCAUUGGAUUUAGUCCAGAGCCCUGCAGCAAGCAAAUGUUUGCGUUGAGGAGAAGAGACGAAUUGGGUAAUAUGUUGGACACCGAAGACAUUUCCGUAGCAGACUAUUUCACAAGAGUUAAGGGCAUUAAUUUGAAGUCACCUCACUUGCCAGCUCUGGACGUGGGACGGACAAAGAAGCCCAUGUAUUUUCCAAUUGAGCUUUGCACAAUCGUCCCUGGCCAAAGAUAUAAAAAACUUCUCAAUACCUUUCAGAGACAGGGUAUGAUCAGGCAAUGCAAAGUGGACCCUGAAGAGCGGGUUAAGAAGAUCAAUUCUAUGAUGUGGAAGAAUGAGUAUAACCGCGACGAAUUGCUGGAAGCUUUCAACGUAGUAAUCGACAACAAGAUGACACGAUUCAAGGGUCGUGUUCUAGAGGCUCCACAGCUGCAAUUCGGCAACAGAGUCAAGGAAAUCCCUCGGAAUGGGAGAUGGAAUUUCAAUGUUGAGAGACAGAUGAAUCAGCCUGCGCAGACGACCAGGUGGAUUGUAAUAUGCUUCAAGGGCAGGCGCCCUGUUGAUGCCCAGAGGAUAGGAAACGAGAUGAAGGAUGUGGCCAGUAAGAAAGGUAUGAGGUUCGGAGAUUUUGAACUCUUCGAAGAGAAUGACACCGACCACCAACGAAAGAGUCCCUUGCAGAGGGUAGAGGCCAUGACGAAUAGGCUUAGGACGACGUUGGUCGACGGAACGGGGAAUCCAAUUCCAGCUCACAAGUUCCCAUUCGUCCUGGUUAUUCUGCCGGAAAAAUCUCCUGAUCUAUAUAUCCCUUUCAAGAGAUUCUGCGAGACGAAAAUGGGUAUCAUCACUCAGUGUAUUGUGCCUCCAAACGGAGGUGUAAAUCCGAAGUACCUCUCAAGCGUCUCUUUAAAGAUCAACUUGAAGAUGGGAGGAUAUAAUUCAAUCUUGGUUGGUGAGGAAACCAAGACUCUUCCCAAGAUUUCACAGGUACCAACGAUAAUUUUUGGUUUAGAUGUAUCUCACGGAUCUCCUGGAGAUGCCAAUUCGCCGUCUGUGGCUGCAGCUGUGGCAACCAUAGAAUGGCCAAAGUUUUCUAAGUAUACGUGCAGCAUAAGGGCGCAGGAACCGAAGACGGAAAUGAUUGCAGGACUCCAUUCUGAAGACACGAGAGAAAUGGGUAUGGUCAAAGAGCUCCUCAACAAUUUCUUCUCGGAGGCUAGAGACCGAGGUAGACCAGAUCAUGAAUGCAAACCACAGCAGAUUCUCGUUUAUAGAGACGGUGUGAGUGAAUCACAGUUUGAUCAGGUUCUUGACAAGGAGCUUCGGGCCUUCAAACAUGCAUGCAGAUCCAUGCAAGACGGUUACAAUCCGAGGAUCACGUUCGUAGUUGUACAAAAGCGGCACCACACCAGAUUCUUCCUUGAUUCUACUUACAAAAACGUCCAACCGGGUACUGUAGUGGACAAAACUGUCUGUCACCCUCGGGACAACGAUUUUUAUCUAGUUAGCCAUGCAGCCAUUGGAACCUCCCGUCCAACUCAUUACCAUAUACUAUACGAUGAAAUAGGUUUCACAGCCGAUGAACUUCAGAUGAUCACUCAUGGAUUGUGUUAUACCUACUCACGAUGCACAUCUGCAGUGUCCGUUGCUGCACCAGCAUACUAUGCACAUGUUGCGGCAGCACACUGUCGAAAUUUUGUUGACAGUUCUGGAUCCAGUUCGGAAUCUAUUCAAAGCGGUGCUCAUGUGCGACGAGCGGUGGAUUCUCUUCCCAAGCUGCAGAAAAAUGUCUUGAAGAAAAUGUUUUAUGCCUGAGCUCGAGUCUACCAAGCUCACGUCAGCAGCUACUUGCUUACGACACCAAGCUGGUCUCCGGGUAAUCAAAUCCCAUGCCAGUCUAGAGGUUAUGGAAGAAAAGCCGUAAAAGAUCAAAAUCCUGUUCUUCAAUUAGUCUUGUUGCUGUCCAUAUGAGUUAGGGUAUCCAACAAGCAACAAUUUUCAAUUGUAGCUGUCUGAUGUACACAGGUGACGUGGCGACUAUGUAUAUAAUAAAGAGAACAAUUUAUCGUUCAAGUUGAAUGAGUUCCUGUGGAUUGUGUUACUUUAGCAAUUGUAGGUGCUGCUACAGUCUCAACUUCGGUGGUCAAAUGAGAGACUUAAGCAGUUUUCAAGGACGCGGAAGUAUGCGAUGUGCUUGAAUCGAAAAGGAACAGAGUUGUUUGAAUGUACGCACCUGCAAAAGCUUAAGACUGGAGUGAGGACUAAGGCUGUUGGGGUCUUCCUUACUUGAAGUAGUGAGAUGAGGACCUGACUUGCCUCCGUUGGACAGGGAAAAGUGGCGAAUGUAGGUCCCCUCGCCCUCGAGGACUGAAAGAUAGAUCAAAGUUGUGUCACACACUCCAUUCGGAAUAGUUUAUCGCUAGAAGUUGCUCCAAGUGCUCAUCGCACCGUGCCCAGGGCAUUGAAUCUUCUUCUUUAAGCCUUAACGGUGACGUUCCAGGCUGUGGUUGAUCCCCUCCCCAAUCCUCUUCAUACAGUACGAAGAUUUGAAGAGGUCAAUCCUCCGCCGAUCUGCGACGCGUUGAAUGUAGCAGAUCGGCGGAGAAUUAACGAGGUAUCCGUGUGUUAAACAAAAAAUAUGGACAAGUUCGUCUGAGCCAAUUCAAGAGAGUUUUACAUGUUUUGAUCUGUUUCAGAUGAAUCUUGAAUCAACCAUUAUCUUUACUACAGAUUUCAGCAGGAUGAUGUAUCAGAACAGUACAAGAAAGCUAUGAUAUG